AUGAUCGACAGCCUCUCGUCGGCCGCCAACGACUCCCGCCUCAACCCCCGUCCAUCGCUCACCAACCUCACCCUCAACCAGGCCAGGAACGAUGCCGAGCACUCCCUGGACGAAGACCUCCGGGCGUUCGAACAAGAGCAGCGCAACCUCCACCGUCGCCCGAUCAUCAGCAGGGCCUCACGCGUUUCAGACGACCUGACUGAGGAUGGAGACGAGUUUGAGCUGGAUGACGAUGGCCAGAACAGCCAUCGAUCCGCCCAAACAACCACCAUCGAUGAUGAGGAGCAUUUCGAUCAGGAGGAGAGCGACUCCUUCAGGAUCGGCCUCUCCUCCCUCUCCCCCCCUGGCAUCGGGCGCGCGUCCCACCAUCCUGGGCAGCUGUCGACCGUCACGCUAGAUCCGGAGGACGACUACACCUACCAGGGCGCGCAAGACUUUUCUAGAGACCUCUCCGCACUCUCCCUCUCGCCCAUCCGGAGACCCUCAGCACCCACACCGCAACGCGCAAGCUCCCUCGCCAACCUCCAAGACUUCACCAUGGACGACGAGCGCUCAGAAGGCAGCCAGACGCCCGCCAGUGGCUUCCAGGGUAUGGCACGCCAGCUCAGGCAGGACUUCCAACAGCUCGCGCGUGCGCCUUCCCCCGGACACCCAAAGACGAAGAACACGAAAGUGAUGCGUAAAGAACCGGCUCGCGGCGGAACGCUCAAAGGCGGUCUACCGGCCAAUGACAGCAUCCGAGCAAAACACGUCUUUGGCUCUGAACCUCCAGAACAUGCCCUCAAACCUCCUCGAUUCAAUCAACUACACUCUGCUGGAUUAACCUCCACCCCCCCUGUCAAGUCACACCCGUUCAAUCCCACCCAGCAAGAUCAUCAGAACCAGCAUCGAGCACGAAGCACCUUGGCUGAGCUCCAAAACCACAACCCUCCCCGCCCUCCUCCUAACCGAAUCCACAAGCCGAUCAUCCGGGUGGUUGAUGCUAGCUCUAACAGUAACACUCCUCACGGACACGAUACAUCCCUAGCCCCUGGUGCUCGCAAGAUCGUCGGAAACUCGGUACGCGUACCAGAUGUCACCGGGCUCACCGAUGCCCUUUGUAGCCCGGAGAAAGCCGAUUUCCCAUCGGCCAACACGCGCACAGGGAUGAGGCCAUCCAGUCAGAGCGCACGGCCAGAUCCGACUCUUAACGAAGCUCUAACACUCUUGCGCCGUCAGUUGGGCUCGCUGGAAGCCGAAAAUCGAGCAUGCCACACCCGCAUACACGAUCUACAAUCCCAGCUCGGCCGUGCUAAACAACCACCCGCCUCCACCGCCGCUCCACCGCCACGCGCUCAGCACGAUUACUCAAUGAUAGCCACCGACAAACCAGCUGUUGAGCGCAUGGUCAAAAAAUUGAAGGCUAAUGCGCGCCGGAUCGCCGGUGUUAUGGAAGCGCAUGCGAUAGCUCUUGAUGAAUUGACUAGCUUCAAAGAACGCCACAAAACCGUACGACAAGAGCUCCGCGGGGUCAAAUCUGACGUGGAAGAGUGGUCGGAUCAGGUGGAGGAUAUGAAGGGCCGUCUGGCAGGCCUCACUUCGGAAGUCCGUGAGCUCUGUGGGAUGGUCGAACGGUUGACCGUAGCUGCUCAAGCUGGCCCAGCCAGUAAGAUCCAAGUUCCAGGACCCAGCCAACCGGGCAUGAGUCGUCGGGGCACGACGACCACUAAAAGUAGCGAACCCAAGGCUUCCAUCCCCAAGAGUCAGCCGGCAGUCAAGCGCCACCAACCCACUACAUCCUCACACCAGCCUACCCAGUCUCAUGCAGCUCGCAACGAGAUCGAGGACUGGCGAUCCCAAACUUCUACCAUCCAGAUCAGCGGACAGAGCUUUAUUGGGGCCGAUGAAAUAGAAAAUCUGAAAAGAGAUGUCGAGCAGGAGCAACUUCUCAGGCGCUCUGCCCAAGGACUAGCUAAACCCCGACUGAAUCCCACCCCUGCAAAUCCCAUCACAUCUGGCAGUCGUCCUGCACCUCAGGCCAAACCAACAGCCAGCAGCUCUAGCAGAGCGCCACCGAUCCGAACCAGUUCGGCUCCUACGAUGAAGUUCGGAGGGAGUGCUGAGCAGCCAGUCAGAGCCACCGACGAAGUCUCGAGGGGAGAAGCCAUACUCAACUCGUUGCCCAAGGGUCGCCAUGACGACAUGAGCUGUUCACAGUGCCGCUUGAGACGCCAAAAGAGUGGCGGAGUCAGUCAUCCGCUCUCCAGUCGCACCAGCAGCGCCCCAGUCGUCCCCAUGCCUAGCAAGAAACAAGAUGAAAGGACCGAGGUUGACGAUGAGGAAGCUAGUCUACCCCCACAAGCCGUCUUGGUCGGCAUCCUGAAAGAUCUGGAGGAAGACUUUGAAGUUCAUCGAAAAAUCUUUGUCGAGUUAUCUGAGACUUAUAGGAAGAUGAACCCGGCUGCCAUCCAAGUCAGCAAACGGAAAGCCUUGGCUCAACACUUACGCGAGAGUGUCGAUACCCUUGAGAAGAAGGCGGGCCACAUCAAGCAUCUUUACGACUUGUUACACGUCAAAGACCUGCCGCUCAAAUCCGGAUCUUCUAAGAAAGUCUAA